AAAUCCGUCACCUCUCACUCCCCGCCCUUUUCCGGAAGUGAUGCACGGUGGGGUUGCCGGAAGAAGUGGCGAAGUUACUUUUGAGGGGACCCGAGCAGCAGUGGCGCGCCAGGGGACACAGAGGAGGAGGAAGAGAAGCAGAGCAAGGGGACGGAGGCAGCUCGCGCCGCCCCCGGCUGUUUCCAGGGCAACGGGAGUAGGAGACCCCGCGAGAGGCCGCCCACGAGACCCUCGCGCGCAGCCAUGAGCCCCGCCCCCCACUGGUGUUCGGAGAGGGGCGGGACCUGGAGCGAGGCUGCUCCGUGACCCCACCAUGUCCACCCCCACCACAAGUUCCCUGGACACCCCCUUGCCUGGAAAUGACCCCCCUCAGACCAGCACCCCCUCUUCUUCACCAGCUGUAAAGGAGGAGGGUCCUGAACCGUGGCCAGGGGGUCCAGACCCUGAUGUCCCAGGCACUAAUGGGACGGACUCAGCCAGCAGCAUGGUCAUUCCUGACCCCGCCGAGGAGCCAGAGCGCAAGCGCAAGAAGGGCCCAGCUCCGAAGAUGCUGGGCCACGAGCUGUGCCGCGUGUGUGGGGACAAGGCCUCCGGCUUCCACUACAACGUGCUCAGCUGCGAAGGCUGCAAGGGCUUCUUCCGCCGCAGUGUGGUCCGCGGCGGGGCGGGGCGCUACGCCUGCCGGGGCGGUGGCACGUGCCAGAUGGACGCCUUCAUGCGGCGCAAGUGCCAGCAGUGCCGGCUGCGCAAGUGCAAGGAGGCCGGGAUGAGGGAGCAGUGUGUCCUUUCUGAAGAACAGAUCCGGAAGAAGAAGAUUAGAAAGCAGCAGCAGCAGCAGCAGCAGCAGCAGCAGCAGCAGCAGUCAUCACCCGGGGCCCCGGGUGGCAGCGGCAGUGGCAGCAGCUCAGCCCCGGGGCCUGGAGCCUCCCCUGGAGGCUCCGAAGUGGGCGGCCCGGGCUCCGGGGACAGUGAGGGCGUGCAGUUAACAGCUGCCCAGGAACUCAUGAUCCAGCAGCUCGUGGCAGCCCAGCUGCAGUGCAACAAGCGCUCCUUUUCCGACCAGCCCAAAGUCACGCCCUGGCCCCUGGGUGCAGACCCCCAGUCCCGCGACGCCCGCCAGCAGCGUUUUGCCCACUUCACGGAGCUGGCCAUCAUCUCAGUCCAGGAGAUCGUGGACUUCGCCAAGCAGGUGCCCGGCUUUCUGCAGCUGGGCCGCGAGGACCAGAUCGCCCUUCUGAAGGCAUCCACCAUAGAGAUCAUGCUGCUGGAGACGGCCAGACGCUACAACCAUGAGACCGAGUGCAUCACCUUUCUGAAGGACUUCACCUACAGCAAGGAUGACUUCCACCGCGCAGGCCUGCAGGUGGAGUUCAUCAACCCCAUCUUUGAGUUCUCGCGGGCCAUGCGGCGGCUGGGCCUGGACGACGCGGAGUACGCCCUCCUCAUCGCCAUCAACAUCUUUUCUGCCGACCGGCCCAACGUGCAGGAGCCCGGCCGCGUGGAGGCGCUGCAGCAGCCCUACGUGGAGGCGCUGCUGUCCUACACGCGCAUCAAGCGGCCGCAGGACCAGCUGCGCUUCCCGCGCAUGCUCAUGAAGCUGGUGAGCCUACGCACGCUGAGCUCCGUGCACUCGGAGCAGGUCUUCGCCCUGCGGCUCCAGGACAAGAAGCUGCCGCCUCUGUUGUCGGAGAUCUGGGACGUGCACGAGUGAGGGACCCGUGGCCCCGGCCACGCCCUGCAUCCUCCAAUGAAUGGACACUCGCCCCUUCCUCCUGGAUGGGAAGGGGCCGGCCAGUCGGGGACCACCCUGUGACUCAGAGCCCCUGCCCGGCACAGGAGGCCCCCUCCCUGCCCACGCAGUCUUCCUGGGCGGGAGUGGGCACAGGGGCCGACCUCUGACUUCUCCAAGCACUCCCAGCUGCCCUCCCUGCCAGCUUACACCUCCAGCCCAGCACGCCAUGCACCUUGAACGGAGGGAGGGGCGCUCCCUGGCUCUCCCCCCGGCCCAGCCGAGAGACCACAGGCCCCCCUCUCCCUCUGCUCCUUUUAUUUAAUAAAAACUAAAAAAAAAAAAUUAAAAAAACAGGAAAAUAAAAUACGGAUAGAACCUGCCCGGAGCCGGAGUGAGUC